AUGUUGUCCAAGGCCGUUGAUAGAGAACAACAGCUCCGCAAGAGCCUUACAACGGCUAAUUCGGAUUCGGCUGCAUCGAAUGCAACCGAAAGCUCAUCUGGCUUCUACCAUGGUCCUGUCAAAUUUGGGCUGUCGCAAAUGAAGGAGGCAUUUGUGCCAACCAUUUACAAGGUUCUGGAGAGCUUCCCGGACUGCAAACAUCUCGGAUACUGUAAAGUUCGCCUUGAUAGAGAUGUGCUACGCGGCGUAGAUUACAUGGCCAUGAGAAGCUACACCGUCAGCGAGCUUAAAGGCCAUCAAUCUGCUGCUGUCAUCCUCAAACCUUGGAAUGGGCACAAGAAAAUGGUGUGCUCCGUUUUCAUCGCUACCAGAAAGGACGGUCACCUGGUCUCAGACUUCACGUUCGAGGAUAUGCAGGUAGCCGAGGAUACAGCAGAUCUGAACGGGCGGGACCUCUUCUGCUCCACAGUCGAGGAUGCCUCGGAAAGCACUCAGAAACCGUAUCUGGUCAUACCCACCGAAUGCACACCCGAAUGGAGAACUUCUGCUGGCCUGCCACCAGAGCCAUACGUUCACUGCGGUGAUCAGCUGACCUGCACUGCUGGUAGGAUUGUUGGGAUCCACACGGCGUACGAAUACAUAAGCUCAGCAGCCCAGUCUGCCACUGGAAUUCACGUCGAAGACGCAUUUCUUGGAUCCGCAAACGUCGUCCUCGCCGGCGCGCCUAAAUUUGUACGCCACUUGAACGCGCUUCUCUCUCCGAAGCUGCUUGACGAGUGGAUGAUCCCGUACCAAAUUGUAUCUUGCAGUGCUGGCGAGAUGAUUAUCACUCUGCCCGGCGCUUACCACCAAGUCGUCAAUGCCGGUGCGAAUUACGCCCAAGCAAUCAAUUUCGCCAUGCCUGACUGGUCCGGACCGCCCGAUGGAUAUAGAUUCUGUGGAAAGGGCUGCGCACAAACCGAUCCGCCCACCGCUGAGCACUUUGAAAUUCGGGCGGGUAAGGGCACUACAGGGCAUGAAGAUGAGGGGGGAGAGGAAGGAAAAGAAGAUGAAGAGGACGAGGAUGGUGAAGAGCGAGAGGAGCAAGAAGAGGAUGACAGUAACGAGUGCGAGAAGACAAGAGCAUCAGGCACCGACAGCAUCAAUGUAUUGUCAAACGCACUUGUCAGCCUAAAUAUGCCGACCAUGGAAGCAAAUAUGUCCGGAUCUGAUCCUUUCAAGACACUACAUUCCUACAUGGCUAUCGAGUUAACAAAUCCUCGCAAACGCAAUGCAUCACUCAUCAGUGCCAACAACGAAAUUGAAGACGAUGACGGCAUAAGAGAUGAGGGCAACGACAGCUCUUCUCAGGCAUCAACUGAAAUUGCCGCAGAUCCACUCAGUCAAGUGCUUCAGCCGGAAAUUAACUACUGGAGAGAUUGCGUUUUCCGUGCCGCGCAGGGCGGGGGUUUCAAUGCCGAUGCCAUCCUCCAAGCUCUCCAAAAUGCCCCUACUACCCAGCCAGCCGCAACAACUUUUAACGGACUCCGCCGCAGCAGCAGCCGUGGCCCCGCCAGUUACAACAGACGAAGACAACAACGGCGGUAUGCAUAUGCUACUGCAACUCCACUACACCAUUAA